AUGGACCCAAGCCACUACCUCGACGAUUGGGCGAUCAGGCCGUUCAGCUCGGCCCUUCGGCGGCAGCCACUGUGUGGGGCCCCGCCGGCGCCGCCGUGGGUCGAGAACCCGCCCGAGGGGGCAAACGCCCCGAGGAAUGAGCUCGACCCACCUGACGGGCUCGAGUGGGCGUCGGCCGAGGCCCCGAGCCUUGGCCGCGCAGUGCAGCUGACCCGACACGACAUCAGGUUGGACGAGCGCAACGCGGUGAUCAGGACAGGUGAUCGCAGUUCUGCGGAGCUUGCUGAUUUCGUGAAGUGGGUGCGCGGCCACUAUCGGGCUAAGGCGUUCGAGGACUGGGUGGGUGACCGCCGCUGCGCUGAUAGCGAGGUCCUUGAGGGCCUGCCUGAGGUCGGCGAGAGAGCCGAUGCCCUCGCCGAGCACUAG